AGCUCCUUUAGCGGCAGAGUUUUCCGAGUGACCUUCUUGAUGCUGGCUGUUUCUCACUGUUCCCUGCUUGGAGCCAUGAUGCUGCUGGAAUCUCCUAUAGAUCCACAGCCUCUCAGCUUCAAAGAACCCCCGCUCUUGCUUGGCGUUCUGCAUCCAAAUACAAAGUUGCGACAGGCAGAAAGGCUGUUUGAAAAUCAGCUUAUUGGACCGGAGUCCAUAGCAGAUAUCGGAGAUGUGAUGUUUACUGGGACAGCAGAUGGCCGGGUUGUAAAACUUGAAAAUGGUGAAAUAGAGACCAUUGCCUGGUUUGGUUCGGGUCCGUGCGAAACCCGAGAUGAUGAGCCUGUGUGUGGGAGACCCCUGGGUAUCCGUGCAGGGCCCAAUGGAGACUUCUCUUUGUGGCUAGCUAGCAUACAAGGGACUAUUUGAAGUAAAUCCUGGAAACGUGAAAUAAAACUGCUGCUGUCCUCCGAGACACCCAUUGAGAAGAAAAUGUCCUUUGUGAAUGAUCUUACGGUCACUCAGGAUGGGAGGAAGAUUUAUUUCACUGAUUCUAGCAGCAAAUGGCAAAGGAGAGACUACCUGCUUCUGGUGAUGGAGGGCACAGAUGACGGGCGGUGAUCACGGCCUUGCUCCAGGGAAGUAAAAGUGUUACUGGACCAGCUGCAGUUCGAAUGAGUCCAGCUGUCUCCUGCAGAGGACUUUGUCUGGUGGCAGAAAGCGACCAUGGCCAGGAUACAAAGUUUCUAUGUUUCUGGCCUGAUGAAGGCGGGGGCUGAUCUGUUUGUGGAGAACAUGCCUGGAUUUCCAGACAACAUCAUUGCUUGGCAGGGAGUACUGGAGUCGGCAUAUCCAACCAUCCGCCCUAACCCUGGAUUUUCCAUGCUGGAUUUCUUAUCUCAGAGACCCUGGAUCAAGAUGAUUUUUAAGCUCUUUAGUCAGGAGGCGGUGAUGAAGUUUGUGCAGCGGUACAGCCUCGUCCUAGAACUCAGCGACAGGUGCCUUCGGAGAAGCCUGCAUGAUUCGGCGGGCUGA